CACCUCUGUACACGAUAAUUUCCCAGCAUUCCUUUCGCGCUUCCUUUCCCUCCAUCUUUCUCCUCACAGUGACGGUGGACUCACCUGGAGAAGACUGACCAUGCCUGGAAGACUGUGGAGUAAGGCCAUCUUCACCGGAUACAAACGCGGUCUGAGGAACCAGCGUGAGCACACGGCGCUGCUGAAGCUGGAGGGAUGUUACACCAGAGACGAGGUGGACUUCUACCUGGGCAAACGCUGCGCCUACGUCUACAAGGCCAAGAAGAACACGGUGACGCCGGGCGGGAAACCCAAUAAGACCCGUGUGAUCUGGGGAAAGGUGACCCGCGCUCACGGCAGCAGCGGGAUGGUCCGCGCCAAAUUCAGCAGCAACCUUCCAGCGAAAGCCAUCGGACACAGAAUCAGAGUGAUGCUGUAUCCCUCUCGGGUGUGACGAGGACCUUUCUGAUGAGCUUUGUACAGAAAAAAUAAAGUGAUGAUGUCACACCUCAAA